AGCAUUCCUGUUGCACAACUAGUUGUUGUAUAUAACAGGGCCCAGACCCCUGUCCUUUGCACAGUUACUCUUUUACUUGAUGCUGGAUUGCAUAAAGACGAGCAAAACAAGUAGACCACGAUGGCAAAACACAAUCCGGGGCGUCUUGCUGCAAUACUCGUGUCUGUUGCUGGUUUUGCAGUAAGUUUGGUGCUCAAUGGACUGUCUGUAGUUGGAAUUGGUCCUUAUUAUACCACUACAGCAAACGUGUCUGCUGUGUUUGACACCCAGCUCACACCUUCAGGAUGGACCUUUAACAUCUGGAGUGUCAUCUACGUCUGGCUCACGUUGAUGAUCAUCUACAUCGUGACGAGUCUUUGCAGAAAGAAUGGAUAUGGAUAUGUUUACUGCAGCCCUGCAGUGCUGCCUUAUGGAUUCUUCGCUAGCUGGUGUGUCAAUCUGUGUUUCAACAUUGGCUGGCUGCUUGUUUGGGACAGAGGACAGAUGAUUCCUGCACUGAUUUUUCUCAUCCUGGUCAUCGCCACAAACUACUCCAUGGUGUUCUACAUCUGCCAUGGACUUCAUCUUUAUGGACCCUGGCUCAAAAAAUACCACAAAGCAGACCUGUGGUGCCUCCGUAUUUUGGUUCAGAACGGUGUGAUGAUCUACACGACAUGGACAACCAUCGCAACACUCAUCAACGUGACCAUUGUGCUUACUUACAAUGCAAAGAUGUCCCCAACAGACGCUGCCACUAUCUCAUACUCUGUUUUAUGUGCUGUGUUGCUUGUGUGGUUUGUUUUGGAAAACUUGGUUCUUGACAAGCAUGUGCGGUACAUCCUCAUAGUCUACCCUGUUCUGAUCUGGGCGCUGUCUGGAAACCUGGAUAAAAACUUUGAUGCUCAGUCACCCAGUCGCAAUGGCAUCUUCAUCGCCGUGCUGCUGAGUUUAAGCUGUGUGCUCUUUGUCAUCCGGCUCAUUCUGGUGAUGUGGAGACACGUCAAACAGCCGCUCUAUGAAGAUGUCGAUCCUGAAGCCAUGGAACCAAAGGAGAUUGCUAAGAAGCAGAAAAAGAUAUUUCGCUAAGCAUUUUUAAUGCAUCGCACAACUCAUGUAUAAAGGUUCAUUAUAGAAAUUGAUGCUAAAUUUGAUGAAUUUUUUUCCCCCCAGUGUUUUGUAGAUAGUCAUGAAAGAAAGUGUUUUAUUUUGUAAAUGGUGAUACGUUAAAAUGGGUAACUGGCAUAAUUUUCUCAGAUUUUAUCAACAACAAUUUCCUCAAUUUUGACCGACUGAUCUAUGAACCUUCUAUGACUUUUUUCUAAGAAACAGAUUACUAAAACAUGCAUUAGGCUCAGAUAAGAAGCCUAUUACAUAUAACAGUACAAAGUGGCAGAAAUAUUACAGUAAUUUACCUCACAUGACUGACUGAAUGAUUUAAUCAUUUGCAAGAGUUGUUUUUGCUUUAUUUUCUAACUUACAUUCCAAAAUAAACUGUAUUUGUGUCAUCUUGGUAUAUAUAUUUUUUGAAAUAAAGUGCACAUCUUACUUAUCAACUGCUGUGAA